CGGAAGCAAAACUGUUACAUCUACACUGUGAUAAAGGGAUUAUGCUGGGGCUAUGCAAAGCCAUGCUGAGGUACUCAUGUCACAGAACUGGUUGGACUGCUUGUGUCCUUCUUGCUGUGAUGUCAUUCGCUGCCGGAUGAGCGGCUGUGCUGGCGGCAGCGAUGCGCAUGUAGGACUAUGCAUGCAGUCUGCUGCUCGAACGCAUCACAGCGAACUGCAUCUGACAGCUUGCCAGGUUGGAGAACAAAAAAAAAGACCAAACACAGAAGAGAGAAAACCAGACCCGCUGGAUUUCCACAAGCCCAGAGUCACCUGCAUUCACCCGAUAGAUGAGAAGGAAAAGGAAGGAGAGAUCUUUCGUUGUGGCCGUCCCCCCUCAAAGCUCGCAUGUAUGAAAGGAUAAUGUUUUUGUUUUAAUGUCCGGGAUGAUUGUGUACCAGGGGUAGAUAUUGAAAUACGCAAGCAAAAACACACCGCUUCGUUGUAUUUUUCACCGCGACUGAGGCCAUGAAUUCGGCAGAGCAGACGGUCACUUGGCUGAUCACACUGGGGGUGCUGGAAUCGCCGAAAAAGAACAUUUCGGAUCCCGAGGCAUUUCUCCAGACCUCCCUCAAAGAUGGGGUUGUCUUGUGCAGACUGCUGGAGAGACUGAGCCCGGGCUCCACUGACAAAAUCUACCAAGAACCGAAGAACGACGGCGACCGCUUGUACAACAUAAAGGAGUUUCUCAAAGGUUGCACUUCGUUUCGCGUCGAGCCGUUUGAGCCCAGUGAUCUGCUCCUAGGACUGAACUUCUCCAAGAUACUCAGCAGUCUGGUGGCUCUGAACAAAGUGACUGCAGACAUUGGAGUGGGCAGUGACAGUGUCUGCGCCCGUCACUCGGCGGCCCAUCGGAUCAAGUCGUUUGAGUCUCUGGCCUCCCAGUCAUCAUUGGGCCGUUCCUCCAAGCUGCUUCAGAACCGCAGCCUGGACAUGUCUGAGGGCAGCCGGACACAGCUAUUGGUCAAGGCUCGCUUCAACUUUGAGCAGACCAAUGAGGACGAGCUGUCCUUCAACAAGAGUGAUGUCAUCAACGUGACACGCCAGGAGGAGGGCGGCUGGUGGGAGGGGAACCUCAACGGCAAGACCGGAUGGUUCCCUAGCAACUAUGUCCGUGAGAUUAAAGGCUGUGACAAACAAGUGUCUCCCAAAUCUGGGACCCUGAAGAGUCCCCCAAAAGGCUUUGACACUACAGCCAUCAGCAAGACCUACUACAACCUGGUGCUGCAGAACAUUCUAGAAACAGAGACAGAAUAUUCCAAGGACCUCCAGAGCCUUCUGACUAACUACCUGCGAUCUCUCCAGAGCACAGAGAAACUGAGCAGUACAGAUGUGUAUCUGAUCCUGGGGAACCUGGAGGAGAUCAGCACCUUCCAGCAGAUGCUCGUCCAAUCACUGGAGGAGUGCACCAAACUUCCGGAGAGCCAGCAGAAGGUAGGGAGCUUCUUCCUGAACCUCAUGCCCCAGAUGAAGGCUCUCUAUAUGGGUUACUGCUCCAACCACCCCUCGGCAGUCAACGUGCUCACCCAGCACAGUGAGGAGCUGGGGGAGUUUAUGGAGGGGAAGGGAGCCAGUAGUCCAGGUAUCCUGACCCUGACCACAGGUCUCAGUAAACCCUUCAUGAGGCUGGACACAUACCCCACACUAACGAAGGAACUGGAGAGACACAUGGAGGAGAGUCACCCCGACCGGCCAGACAUCCAGAAGUGUAUGACAACAUUCAACAGUCUUUCGGCCCAGUGCCAGGAGGUGAGGAAGAGGAAGGAGCUGGAGCUGCAGAUAGUGACUGAGUCCAUCAGGCUGUGGGAGGGAGAGGACAUCAGAACACUAGGCUCCGUUCUCUACAUGAGUCAGGCUCUGGUUAACAGCCCUGGAGCAGAGGAGAAGUGGGAGCGUUACCUCAUGCUCUUCCCUCAUGUCCUCCUCAUGCUGUCUGCCACUCCAAGGAUGAGUGGCUUUAUAUUCCAGGGGAAGCUGCCGCUGUCUGGUAUGACUGUGACCACACUAGAGGACAGUGAGGCCCACAAAAACUCCUUUCAGCUUUCUGGCAGUCUAUUUGAGUGUCUACAGGUGGUGUGUAACAGUCAGCAGGACCUGCAGGACUGGGUGGACCAUCUGACCCGUCAGACUAGACAAGCCACCGCCCCCAGCCACAAACCCCUCACGGUCCCCUGUCACACGUUGCCCUCCCACCCUUUGACUCCGUCCCGUCAUGCAGAGGGCCGUGCGAUGACUGUGGCCCCAGCCUACCACACCCUGCCCCACCCCUCAUCACACGGGGCUCCACACAGCACCAUGAUGUGGGGGCCACUGGAGCCCCCCAACACCCCCAAACCCUGGAGCCUCAGCUGCCUCCGCCCUGCACCCCCCCUCAGGCCCUCUGCAGCACUCUGCUACAAGGAGGACCUCAGUAAGAGUCCUAAGAGUGUAAAGAAGCUUCUUCCUAAACGAAAGCCUGAGAGGAAACCGUCAGAAGAGGAGUCUGCCCUGAGGAAGAGUACAGCUGCUCUAGAGGAAGAUGCUCAGAUCCUGAAGGUGAUAGAAGCUUACUGUACCAGCGCCAAGACCAGACAGACCCUCAACUCCACCUGGCAGGGUACUGACCUGAUGCACAACCACGUACUGGGGAACAUGGAGCGGUCCAGUGUGGACUCUCCGGGCCAUCGUAGCAGCAUGUCGCGACCUGACUUGACUGGCUCAGACCUGUCGGAGGACUCUGACUACGACUCUGUGUGGACGACCCACAGUUACAGGAUGGGCUCAGUGUCGCGGGCGACGCGGAGUGACACAGGACUGCAGGUCAUCAUCCCUGGAGAGGAGAUCAUCAUGGAGGAGACGAUGAGCAACAGACAUUCUGUGUUUGGAGAGAAGAGCCUGGAGGAUGUAGUGUACGCCCUGAGGGACGAGGUACAGGAGCUCCAACAGGACAAUAAGAAGAUGAAGAGGUCGCUGGAGGAGGAGCAGAGGGCACGGAAAGAGCUGGAUAAGGUUGUCCGGAGGGUGUCACAGAGUAUGAAUAACCACACCUGGGACGAGACUAACUUAUGAUUGAGUGCAGAUACAUGGUUAUGUGUGUGUGUGUGUUGAGCUAGGGCCCCAAGUUUUUUCCACUCAGGUCAUGUGGCUAGGAAAUACUCCUAGCCUCACCUAUAUUAAUGAGGAAUGUCUUUGGUUCCAUCCGUGAACUAACAUGGACCUGGAUUGGCGCCAAGCGUUUAAGAGUGUCUGGCCAGUAACCGAAAGGUUGCUGAUUUGAAUCGCUGAGCCGUUCUGCUCUUGAGCAAGGCAGUUAACCCCCAACAACAACUGCUUCCUGGGCCCAGAUGAACUGGAUGUUGAUGAAGGCAGCUCCCCGCACCUCUCUGAUUCAUAGGGGUUAAAUGUGGAAGACACAUUUCAGUUGUAAACUGACUAGGUACUGUAUCCCUCCCUCCCUCCCUCCCUCCCUCCCUCCCUCUCUCUC